AUUUUUAGUAAAUUAUUAAAAGAAAUAAAAGAAAAGGAGGAAAUGAGAUAUAGAUGUGCUUUCUCUUAGAUUUCGGAUGGCUUUUUGUUUUGGUUUGCAUUAUCUUUUUAUUUAUCUCCUGAAUUUUAGUGUAAUCACAAAAAUAUGAGGGAAUUCUUGGAAAAUACCAAAACCAAUGGACUUUCUUUAUCGGUGAUAUUAUGCAUACUUAUCACCACCUUCUUCAUCUUUGUUCUUUACUCUCCAUCCUCUUCCACCAUUUCCACUCAAAUUCAAAUCCAUCCAACAUAUUCUCCAUUUCAAGAUCCUCCUAUAAAGGAUAAAUACAAAAAAUGUGAUUUAUUCAAAGGGGAAUGGGUAAAAGACCCAAAAAAACCGGCCUACACCAAUGCAACAUGUCCAACAAUCCCAACAACAAAAGAUUGCUUCUUGCAUGGAAGAAAGGACAAGGACUUCUUAUAUUGGAGAUGGAAACCGGAAAAAUGUGAGCUCUCGAGAUUCGAACCCGAAACCUUUUUGAAAAUCAUGAACAACAAGAAACUAGCAUUUAUAGGAGAUUCAAUUGCUAGAAAUCAAAUAGACUCUCUUAUUUGUCUUUUAACUCAACAAGAAUAUCCCAUUAAUGCGUAUAAAGAUGCAAAAGAUCGGUCUAGGGUUUGGUUCUUCCCUAAGAGUAAUUUUACAUUAAUGGUGUUAUGGACAAGGUUUUUAGUUAAGGGUGUUGAAAAAGGUGGGGUUUUUGAUUUGCAUCUUGAUCAAGUGGAUGAAAAUUGGGGUUAUAAUGUGAGCCAAUGGGAAGUGGAUUAUGCAAUUGUUUCAAGUGUUCAAUGGUAUUUUAAGAAGCAUUAUUUAUAUGAAGGAGGGGAUUUGAUUGGAUGUCUUAAUUGUAGUGAAGAUGAUCAUUUGACAGAGUUUUCUGUAAGUUUUGCAGUUAAAAAGGCCUUUCAAACUGCAUUCAGGUACAUAAAUGGUUGCAAGGCGUGCAAGGACAUGGUGACAAUCGCGAGGACAAUCUCACCAUCGCAUUUUGAGCAUGGGACAUGGAGAACCGGAGGCGAUUGUGAGAGAUCAAAGCCUUACAACGAAGCACAACUAAAACAUUUGUUGGCAACACACAACAAAAGCAGCAUUGAAUGGCAAGUUAGAAACCUUCAAAUGGAAGAAAUCGAGCAUGCAAUGAACGAAGGUCGUAGUCAUAGCCAAAAAUUUAAAGCCAUGGACAUUACUAAGAUUAUGUUGGUAAGGCCCGAUGGGCAUCCAGGCCCGUAUUGGCGCGACAAGAAGAAAAAGUUUAAUGAUUGUGUACAUUGGUGUAUGCCUGGCCCUAUUGAUGUGUGGAAUGAUCUCUUGUUGGCAUUAUUGCUUGAUUAAGCGACUUGUGUUGUUGAGCAUAAUUUUACAUUGAUUGAAUAUAACAAUUGCUUAUGUGUGA